UUUAGACAGAAGUGGGCAUUUACUCUUCAUCAAAGAAUACAUUCAGGGGAGAAACCAUUUAAAUGCCUGGAGUGCGGAAAGAAUUUCUUCUGGAAAGAGUUUUGCAUCACGUCGGCAAAUUCACACAGGAGACAAAGCAUUUGAAUGUUUUCAGUGUGUUAAGAGCUUCAGUUGCCCGACGGAUAACCUUGGUUGUCAUCAGCUAAUUCACAGAGAAGACAAGCCAUUUAUAUGACUGGAGUGUGGAAAGAGCUUCAGCCUGAAGUAUGACCUUGCUAAUCAUCGAAGAAUUCACACAGGGGAGAAAUCAUUUGAAUGUUUGCAGUGUGGAAGGAGUUUUAGCCUCAGAAAAACAUUAAUUCCUCACCUGGCAACUCACACAGCAGAGAAACCUUUUAGAUGCCUGGAGUGUGGAAAAAGUUUCAGGCUGAAUGGUGCCUUUACAGCACAGAAAAUGAUUCACAUUAAGGGGAAAGUAUAUGAAUGCUCGAAGUGUGGAAAGAGCUUCAAUUGCCAGUCUGCCCUUAACUGCCAUCAACGAACUCAUACAGGGGAGAAACCAUAUCAAUGCUUGGAGUGUGGAAAGAGCUUCAGUCUGAAAGAGACUCUGACAUUACAUCAAACCACCCACACAGGGAAGAAACCAUUUAAGUGCUUGGAGUGUGGAAAGAAUUUUAGUCGGAAGGCCUACCUUUCUUUACAUCAAAGAACUCACACAGGGCAGAAGCCAUUUAAAUGCUUGGAGUGUGGGAAGGGAUUCUGCCAGAGAAGUGCCCUGAACUGCCAUCAAAGAACUCACACAGGGGAAAAACCAUUUAAAUGCAUGGAGUGUGGAAAGAGCUUCAGUCGGAGGGAGCAUGUUUUGUCACAUCAAACUACUCACACGGGGGAAAAACCGUUUAAAUGCUUGGAGUGUGGAAAGACUUUCCGAGGGAAGGCAUACUUUUCUUUCCACCAAAGAACUCACAAAGGGCAGACACCGUUUCAAUGCUUGGAGUGUGAAAAGGGGUUCUCGCGGAGAAGUGCCCUUAUGCACCAUCAAAAAACUCACACAGGGGAAAAACCAUUUAAAUGCUUGGAGUGUGGGAAGUGCUUCCGUCUCAGGGCACACGUUUUGUCCCAUCAAAAAACUCACACAGGGGAAAAACCGUUUCAAUGCUUGGAAUGCGGAAAGAAUUUCACUCGGAAGGCAUACCUUUCUUUACAUCAGAGAACUCACACAGGGGAAAAACCAUUUAAAUGCUUGGAGUGCGGAAAGCAAUUCUCCCAGAAAAGUUCCCUUACUUGCCAUCAAAGGACUCACACGGGAGAAAAACCAUUUAAAUGCGUGGUGUGUGGAAAGUGCUUCAGUCGAAGGGACGCCCUUACUUCACAUCAGAGAAGACCUCACACAGAGACCUCUUUGGAAGAUGAGGAGUCAGAUACCUCAGAAGAAUCCUCUUCUGCUGCAGACCUUGAGCAAGAUGAGGCAUCCUGUGACAGCGACGCCUCGUCUGACGUUCCCAGCAAACCAUUCAAUCCUGUUGCGAGCCCAGCCGUGAUUCCGGACUCUCCUCCCACCACCCAAGGAACUACAGAGCACCAAUGGCAAUGUAUCAGGUGGGAUACUCAGAAUCAUGAUGGUAGUGCCUACCUGACUCCCAGACUACCCUUUUGCCCGGAAAAUGCAAAUGAGUUAGACACAGCUCUCGAGACUUCUGAAUCAGAACAUAAAUCUACUUCUCAUCAAAGAACUUACACUGAAGAGAACCCAUUUAAAUGCCUGAAGUGUGGAAAGUGCUUAACUACUCAUCAGAUAAUGCACACAGAAGGGAACCCAUUUAAUUGCCUGGACUGUGGAAAGAGCUUCAGACAGAAGGAUGGCCUUGUUAGUCAUCAAAGCAUUCACACAGGAGAGAAACCAUUUCAAUGUUUGCAGUGCGAAAAGGCCUUCAGACGGAAGGAUGGCCUUGCUAGACAUCAAGGAACUCACAUAGGGGAGAAACCAUUUGAAUGCUUGGAGUGUGGAAAGAGCUUCAAACGCAAAGAAAACUUUACUGCUCAUCAGAUAAUGCACACAGAACAGAACCCAUUUAAAUGCCCGGACUGUGGAAAGAACUUCAGCCGAAAGGAUGGCCUUGCUAAUCAUCGAAGAAUUCACACAGGGGAGAAACCAUUUGAAUGUUUGCAGUGUGGAAAGAGCUUCAGUCUCAAGAAAACACUAAUUCAUCAUCUGGCAACUCACACAGAAGAGAAACCUUUUAAAUGCCUGGAGUGUGGAAAGAGUUUCAGGCUGAAGGGUGCCUUUACAGCACAUAAAAUGGUUCACAUUAGGGGAAAAGUGUAUAAAUGCCUGGAGUGUGGAAAGAGCUUCAAUUGCCAAUCUGCCCUUAAUCGCCAUCAAAGAACUCACACAGGGGAGAAACCAUAUCAAUGCUUGGUAUGCGGGAAGAGAUUCUCCCAGAGAAGUGCUCUAAAUUCCCAUCAAGGAACUCACACAGGGGAAAAACCAUUCAAGUGCUUGGAGUGUGGAAAGGGCUUCUGCGAUAGAAGUGCCCUUAAUCUGCAUCAAACCACCCAUACAGGAGAAAAACCAUUUCAAUGCUUGGAGUGUGGAAAGAAUUUCUCUCGGAAUGAACACCUUUCUGUACAUCAAAGAACUCAUACAGGGGAGAAACCAUUUAAGUGCUUGGAGUGUGGAAAGAAUUUCAGCGGGAAGGCUUACCUCUCUGUACAUCAAAGAACUCACAGAGGGGAAAAACCAUUUAAAUGCUUGGAGUGUGGAAAGAGUUUUACUCGGAACGAAUACCUUUCUAUACAUAAAAGAACUCACACAGGGGAGAAACCCUUUAAAUGCUUGGAGUGUGGAAAGAAUUUCAUCCGUAAGGAAUACCUUUCUCUACAUCAAAGAACUCACACAGGGGAGAAACCGUUUAAAUGUGUGGUGUGUGGAAAGUGCUUCAGUCACAGGUCAUCGUUUAUUUCACAUCUAAGAAGACCUCACACAGAGACCUCUUCAGAAGAGGAGGACUCAGAUACCUCAGAACAAUCUUCUACAGCAGACCAGGAACAAGAUGAGUCCUCUGACAGCAAUGCCUCGUCUGAGGUUCCCAGCAAAUCGUUCAACCCAGUCGCGAGCCCAGCCGUGAUUCCAGAUUCUCCUCCCAGCAUCCACGGCUCUCCAGAGCACAGUUCGCAGUGCAUCACAUGGGAUACUCAGAGCCAUGGUGACAGCGCCUACCUGAUCCCCAGAGUACCCUUUCGCCCAGGAAAUACACAUGAGUAAGGGCUUACUCAAGAGAACAGGCCUGCUUAUGAAGCAGGCUCAAAGGCAACUGCAGAAUCGGGAUCGCCCAGAAUAUAUGCUCUCACUGUUCCCCAGACUUUUCUUUUCCAUCAAAGAAGACUCACAGUAGAAAUGAUUUAAACACACAUGGGUGAAUUAUAUUAAUAACUUGUGCUUCCAUACUAUGUUUCCUUUUGAGUUCAUGUCAAACAACAUGUAAAGACUAUGAUCUCGAAUUCUUUCUGUUGAAAGAAGGUUUUAUAUUUUAGCAGAGUGAGCAACUUGGUUUUGACAAGCCCUGACUUCCAUUUAUUGCACCACCGGCUCCCCCAAAUGUUCCCUAGAAUGUUGAGUGGUCCUCUAGCACAGUGUGGAUGGGGAUCCAGCAGUUGUUUGUAGAAAGGAAGUUUGUAAAAAAAGUCACAUCCCCUCCCCUGCUCCGAUUUCCAUUCACACAAGCUGCUAACGUAUUAAUAGGGGCAGCUGGAGAAGGUGUAGAUAUAUGAGGGUAGGCUGUAGUCCCACCAGAGGUGUUUCUCUGCCUGAGGAAAAGGACAGGAAGGCGCCAUGGGCAAUCGUCAACCAAACUGUCAGGUAUGCUUUGACGUGGAUUCCUGCGUUGAGCAGGGGGUUGGACUUGAUGGCCUUAGAGGCCCCUUCCAACUGUACUAUUCUAUGAUUUUAUGUUUAGCACUGACACUCAGUGCUCUGUUUUGCAAAUCUGAGCUCUGGGUGGUUUGCAAAGGUUAAACUAAAGGUUUAGGAGAGGCCUUUGAAACAAGGAGGGCUUUGUCUUCUCACCUUUAAACUUCCACUACUCCACUUAUAUACGAAUAAUAAACAAUAAGUAGGAUAAAAUACAGAAUGGUUCAGACUUCGUAAUCUCUCCAUUACUGGAUGGAUAGUGGAGGACGCGUGAUCCGCUUCUCUCCCUGGCAAAGCAAGUCAAACUUGAAUUGCAGUGGUAAUCUUUACAACACCAAAACUUUCAGAAUUCCAGGCCUGCCGGGAAAAGAGUCCGAGGAGUGAGUGAGUGAACACCACGUAAGAUUUCAAUGCAAGGUGCCGCUAGAGAGAAAUUUUCUGUGGUCAUUAUCACAGGCAAAGGCAUAGGAGUGGUGUGAGGCCAGGCCUUAAGGGAGGAAUCCUUCUUGCGGGAGGCGUGGGGAAGGCCAGCAGCAGGUCACAAUCAGAAGACCUGUGGGAUAUCCUUGAAAAGGACACAACUUCCAAUUAUAGAGGGUGGGUUGGCUUUCGGGAUCUUGCCGCGUUCAUUGGGCCUAUUGUCCUACAUUUUGGUCUUUUCACUCAUUUUCACUUUGGUCAGUUCUGGAAUCUUCUAACGUUGGUCCUCUCUCUAAAUGUUUGACAUUAUUCUUCUGGCAGAAAUGAAUAGGGUUCUUCUCACAUUUAUGGCUAUUAGUAGAUACAUGUCUCCUAUCAUUUCGUGGGACUCGUUUUGUAAUGCUACUUUCGUGGCACAACUAGAGAGUGCUGAUGAUGAGGUUUUGUCAUUAAAAUUUUUGUGAACCGCCCAGAGAGCUUCGGCUAUUGGGCGGUAUAAAAAUGUAAUAAAUAAAUAAAUAAAUCAGGUGAAGCUGUGCAAGUCCUGGAUCGGUGCCUAGAUGGUCUAGAUGAUGGCCAAAAAGGUGAAUUUUGCAAGGUGGAAUCCAUGUGAGUGAGUGAUUCCAGAACCUCGGUCAUUGCCUCUUCUGGAUGGGUUGUACCCCCUUUGAGAGAUCUGGUUCAUAGCCUGGGGGAACUUUUAAAUCCAUCACUAACGCUGGAAGUUCCGGUGGCCAUAGCUGCUCUGAGUACCUUUUAGCAGUUUCAGCUGAUUGACCAGCUACAGCCACUCCUAGCUAGGGAUAGCUUGGCCACAGUAAUACAGGCACUAGUUACUGCAAAUCUAGAUUGCUGCAGUGCACUCUAUGUGGGGCUGUCCUUAAGCUUUAGCCUUUAGCUUUCACAUUGUAUUUUGUAGAAUCAUAGAAUAGAGGUGAGCAGAGUCACUUCUCUUGCCUUGGAGGUUCCUGGGGCUGCAUGUUGGGAUCAUAAAAUAGCAGAGUUGGAAGGGGCCUACAAGGCCAUUGAGUCCAACCCCCUGCUCAGUGCAGGAAUCCACCCUAAAGCAUCCCUGACAGAGGGUUGUCCAGCUGUCUCUUGAAGGCCUCUAGUGAGGGAGAGCCCACAACCUCCCUAGGUAACUGGUUCCGUUGUUGUACUGCUCUAACAGUCAGCACGUUUUUCCUGAUGUCCAGCCAGAAUCUGGCUUCCUGUAACUUAAGCCCAUUAUUCUGUGUCCUGCACUCUGGGAUGAUCAAGAGUGUUUAACUUUUGUAAACUGCCCAGAGAGCUUCGGCUAUUGGGCAGUAUAUAAAUGUAAUAAAUAAAUAAGAGAUCCUGGCCCUCCUCUGUGUGACAGCCUUUUAAGUAUUUGAAGAGUGCUAUCAAGUCUCCCCUCAAUCUUCUCUUCUCCAGGCUAAACAUGCCCAGUUCUUUCAGUCUCUCUUCAUAGGGCUUUGUUUCCAGACCCCUGGUCAUCCUUGUUGCCCUCCUCUGAAUCCUGUCCAGCUUGUCUGCAUCCUUCUUAAAGUGUGGUGCCCAAAACUGGAUGCAGCAUUGAAGAUGAGGUGUAUCCAGUGCCAGGUAGAGGGGAACACAUGCGAUUUAGAAGCUAUACAUCCCAAAAUAUUCAUCCCAAAAUAGCAUAAUUCAUCCCAAAAUAGCAUUUGCUCUUUUUUUACAGCCACGUCACACUGUUGGCUCAUAUUCAGCUUGUGAUCUAUAACAAUUCCAAGAUCCUUCUCGCUUGUAGUAUUUCUGAGCCAAGUAACACCCAUCUUGUAACAGUUCAUUUGGUUUCUUUUUCCUAGGUGUAGAACUCUGCAUUUAACCCUAUUAAAUUUCAUUCUGUUGUUUUCAGCCCAGCUCUCCAGCCUAUCAAUAUCACUUUGAAUGUUGUUUUCCACCCUUCAGGGUAUUACCUAUCCCUCCCAAUUUUGUGUCAUCUGCAAAUUUGAAGCACUUAUUGAGGCUGAUCAGUCAUAUCAAUCCACAAUCUGGUGUGGUGUAGUGGCUAAGGUGUUGGAAAGAACUGGGUUCUAGUCCCCACUCGGCCAUGGAAACCCACAGGGUGACUUUGGGCCAGUCACAGACUCUCAGCCCAACUCCAGGGUGGUUGUUGUGAGGAUAACAUGGAGAGGAGGAGGAGGAUUAUGUACACCAUCUUGGGUUCCUUGGAGGAAAAAAGGCAGGAUAUAAAUAUAAUAAAUAAAUAGUGUGCUGGGCUUGAUGCACUCUUAGUCUGAUCUAGCACGACCCUUUUAAUGUUCGUAUUAUACAGAUAAAACUUAUAUUGCAGCACUCUUUAAUAUUUAUUGAUGUGAAUAUCCUCUUAAAUUAUUGACCUGCUUCCUAGAGGUCAACGCAUGGUCAGCGCAAAUGGCUUCUACACAUCCUCUUUAAUGCAAAGGAUUGAGCACCUAAGAACACUUUCAUCAUUUGAAGAGACAGUGGUAUAUAGAUGCCACUUGUGAAUGCAUACUUCUAUGGAUAUUUGGUCUGCUUCUCUUGUAGUUCGUGUAUGUUUUAGCCCUAUUUUUGUUAUAUAUGUAUGCGCGUUUCAUAUAUGUGCGUUGAACUUGAUUUUCAAAUCUAUGUAGUGACUUUUUUUCUUUUCCUUUUCUUUUAUUGACAUUUUACAAUAAAAUGUAAUUAAAAGCA